CGGGCUGUUCUGCGCAUGCGUAGCUACAAUUUCGCGGGAGAUUCGCCAUUGAUCAGAGGUUGUCUACACAUCUGCCAGUUUGUAUCUUUCAGGAUCUAACAAUGAAAUUGACAACACCUGAGAUUUCCUGGCAUGCCCGUGAUCCAGUCUACACAGUGGACUUUCAGUGUGGCGGUAAAAAUGGCGUGUAUAGAUUGGCAUCAGCUGGAGCUGAUACUGAUAUACGGCUUUGGAAAUUGAAGUUAGACAAUGAUGGCAAAGGAGUGGUUGAGUUCGUAGCCAGUUUAACGAGGCACACUAAAGCUGUGAAUGUUGUCAGAUAUUCUCCAAAUGGACUUAUAUUAGCCUCAGGUGGUGAUGAGGGAAUUAUUUAUCUAUGGCAGUUAAAUGAAUCACAACAAGCUAAUAACAUCAAUAUAGCAUUCCGAGAAGGUGAAGAAGAAAACAAAGAAUCAUGGACUGUCAUCAAAACAUUGCGGGGUCACUUAGAAGAUGUUUAUGAUAUUUCCUGGUCAGCAGAUAGUAAAUAUUUAUUAUCGGGGUCAGUAGAUAACUCUGCUAUGGUGUGGGACGUCAGUAAAGGUCAACAUACUGGUAUUUGGAAAGAACAUAAAAGUUUCAUCCAGGGUGUCGCAUGGGAUCCGCUAGGACAAUAUUUUGCAACAUUGAGUUGUGAUCGAACCUGUCGUGUUUACAGUAUUCAGAGUAAACGUGUUUUACAUAAUAUCAGUAAAUUAUCAAUAUCCUCCACAAACAAUAAUGGAGAGAAUUACAUGAAGCAGUGUCGUAUGUUUCAUGAUGAUUCUAUGAGGUCAUUUUUUCGUCGUCUUACAUUUACCCCGGAUGGUGAAUUGUUAAUAGUUCCAUCUGGAUGCGUAGAAGUCUCAGAUCAGACGUUGAAUACAACAUAUGUGUUUAGCAGAUCUAACCUGGCCAAACCAGUGGUUCAUCUGUCAGGACCACAAAAAGCUACUAUUGCUGUCAGAUGUUGUCCGAUAUUAUUUGAAUUGAGACGGUCACCCAAAACUGAGCAGGAGACUGAAAUGGAAAUAGAUACUGAAGUAACGUCUUUGAAAGGCUCAGAAGAAAAUAACAAGGAUGGAGAAGAGAAAUGCAAAGAAGAGGAGAAAGAAAAAGAAAAAAUUGAUUCAUUGUUCAGUUUACCUUACCGAAUAGUCUUUGCAGUGGCCACUGAAGAUACAUUAUUAUUCUAUGAUACACAACAAAAUGUGCCAUUUGCCUACAUAACAGAUAUCCAUUAUCAUCAACUGAGUGACAUUGCAUGGUCAUCUGAUGGACAAGUUGUUGUUGUGUCUUCCACUGAUGGAUACUGCUCAAUAAUCUCAUUCGAACCUGACGAGUUGGGCACACCAUAUAAGCGCCAAGUUGAAGAGAAAGCAGCUGUCACUAAUAAGAACACGGAACCAAUGGAGAAGGAUUCUACCAAUCAGAGCACUAAAAUGGAUGUUAUAGAGACCAUUACAGCAAAUCAGACUGCAAAGACAGACAUCAGUCAAAUCAAGUCAGCCAAUCAGACAAAAGCUUCUCCUGCAUUAAAUGUACCUGCCAGUAGUAAAAAUGAAUCACAGCCAAGACGUAUACAAUUGACAUCACUGAGUAGUCAACCCUCAACAUUGACAUCUACAGAUUCCUCUGCCAAAAAACCAAAAAGAAUUACUCCAACUCUGCUUACCAGUGCUACAACCCCAUCACAGAAGACAGAGGAUAAACCUGAGACUUCAGCGGCUAAGCCACGAAGAAUACAACUUGUAACCUUGUAACCAAAGCUUUGUAUCACAUGUAGAACUGUCACAUUGUAACUACCAUGAAAAGUGAGGAAGAUCGUGGUGUUUAAUCGACAUCAAGAAUAUUGCAUUGUUGUAAUCCCAGGGUUCUCACCAAGGCAUUAUAAUGUAGGGCUUCCAAACUGAUUAAUUUUGGAUGAACAAUAGAACCAAUUUUGCAUACAAUAGAAGUCUUUAACAUAUGCUAUUGUUAUGUAUAUUGGGUGAUACUGUAUGCACUUGUUCUUGGGAGAACACUUAUCACUCAAGAUCACAUUACUUUAUUGUGAGAAAACCUUCUAAUUUAAUUUCAGGAUUCUACUAGGUAUUUACUAGACUUUAGGGUGUUCUCAGACGAAAUGAGAGAUUUUCUGCACGCCAUUCAUAGCGAGAAUUCAAGUUUAAAGACUAAUCCAUACAAUUACAUUGUAGAAAUAUUGCAGGAACACUACUAAUGAAUACAAUCCAUUGUUAACUCUUACUUCUCUCCUCUGGAUUCAUACAAAAACAAUGUAGGGCCCAAGGUAUGGUACAAGUAGGUUUACAAAGUUAACAUCAGGAUUUUCAUCAGAGAAAUUUUCACUCCAUUUUACCAAACAUUGCUUCUAUGUACAAAGUAUAAAGAGAUUAAUCACAAUAUUAGAUGUUUCAACAUUGUUUUGUGAGGGAUUUUUUAUAACACCUGCUUUUUAAUGGCAUUUUAAGUUAUCACUUACAGUGCUGUAACUCUCUCAUUUAUGGUCAAAUCCUGGUCUUGCGAGAGAGGCAAAAUUUAAUGUGAUUGAAAAAUAAUAUUACGGUAACUAGUAUUUCAUUCUAAUUAUUUUUACAUGCUUUGAAUUGUUUCCACUGCAUUGUAGGUAAUUAAAUUCAUAGAUUCGAAUAAAUUAAUAUUGUACAUACA